GAAGGAUAGAAGCGUGAAUUCGCGGAUUGAUUAGUGUUCUCUUCAAAGUUCACGGUGACCACCGAACACUGAGGGUGAAAUUUGGGGAUCUGAUUACUUCAUAGUUCUAACUUGUAACCCUAACCACAUAACGCCUCUUAGCUUCAUUCAAUUCACACCUUCACCUUUUUCUCUCUGCUUCUUCUCCGCUUCCACGCUUUUCUUUCUUCCGCUCAAGAAAAUUGAGGAUUUCUCUAUCGUUUUAUUUGGCUACCGAUUAUUUCUAAGCUGAUUUUUGGCCCUACCUUGGUUAUCUUAUUCGUAGGAAGCUUCAAUUAGGGUUUCAGCUUCUUUUUUUCCCCCAAAUUCGAAUUUUGUUGGCUUAGGUAUUUGGAUAAUUUGUUAGAAUUUGUGUGCUACUGGAGGGUUUGAAUUUUCAACCCUAUUGUUUUGGAGUAUAGCAUCCCAUUCUUUUAUGGCAUUUAGGUGCCCAAGGAGUACUACUGAGGUUUCUGAAAAAUUGGUAGAUUUUGUAGCAAAUCCAGGCAUAGGCAUAGUUGAACCAACUCUAGUUAGUCACAAACCAAAUAGUGAAGGAAUUUCAAUCUCUGAUAUUGUUCCGAGUACAAAGGGUGAGUAUAGGAAGGGUGACAGUUUGAAGGGAGCAUCAAAGUUUAAUUCCAAGAAAGGAAUCAAAGCCUCUGGCAGUGGUUUGAAUCAAUCAUCAUUGACUGCUGAAGUGGUUUAUGAUUGCCGUCGGUCCAUCACCGACCUUCCUCCGGCGAUAAUUUCCGAGAUUCUGAAUUGCCUUGACCCCAAAGACCUUGGCAUUGUUUCGUGCGUCUCCACGAUUCUCCAUAGGCUUGCGUCCGAGCACCAUGCUUGGAAGGAGUUCUAUGCUGAAAGGUGGGAACUUCCAGCAGUUCCUGUGGCCCUGGAAUUAGAUGUUGCUGAUGAGAAGUCAUGGAAGGAGCUAUUUGUGGAGAGGGAGUUUAGGAGUAAGACUUUCAUGGGACGUUACACUAUGGAUGUAUUGUAUGGCCAUACUGAAGCAGUUCGGACCGUUUUCCUGUUGGCCUCUGCAAAGCUUAUAUUUACCUCUGGGUAUGACUCUGUUGUGAGGAUGUGGGACAUGGAGGACGGGUUAUCAAUCGCAUCGUCACGGCCCCUUGGCUGCACCAUUCGUGCUGUUGCAGCAGAUAGAAGACUGCUGGUUGCUGGUGGUACUGAUGGAUUUAUUCAUUGUUGGAGGGCUGUGGAAGGACUACCCCAUCUGUUUGACCUUAGAGGGUCUCAGGACCAGAAUACUGAGGUUAGACUUUGGGGACAUGAGGGUCCAGUGACAUCACUUGCUUUAGAUUUAACAAGGAUUUACAGUGGUUCGUGGGACACGACUGUUCGAGUGUGGGACCGUCAUUCAAUGAAGUGCAUUGAGGUGCUAAGGCACAGCGAUUGGGUUUACGGACUUGUCCCUCAUGAUACUACAGUUGCCAGCAUAUCAGGUUCAGAUGUGUACAUUUGGGAUACCAAUAGUGGGAGUUUGUUGACUAUCAUUUUCAGUGCUCAUGUUGGCAACACUUAUGCUUUGGCAAGAAGCCAUACAGGGGAUUUCCUUUUCACUGGAGGUGAAGAUGGUUCAAUACACAUGUAUGAGAUCAUAGACGACGGCUGUGAGGCCAAAGCUUGGCAAGUUGCUGCUUGGAUUCCUCACACAGGUCCUGUGUAUUCACUUGCCUUUGAGUUUCCAUGGCUUGUGUCAGCAUCAAGUGAUGGCAAGCUUGCUCUAAUUGAUGUGCGAAAGCUGCUGAGGACUAGCAGGCAUGCUCUGAGGAAGAGGAGUUCAAAGGUGAAGUAUUUCGAUGGUGGUGCAAUAGAGCCCCCACAGAGGAUGUUGCAUGGAUUUAAGAGCAAUCUUUUUGCUGUAGAUAUAGGAGCUGAUCGGAUUGUCUGUGGUGGGGAAGAGGGUGUUGUCAGGAUCUGGGAUUUCUCUCAUGCUUUAGAAAUUGAGCGUAGAGCCCGGGCACUUAGAGGAAUGCGGUUAGAGCACCGGAUGAGGCGGCGUAAGCUCCAAACGGAGCUGAGCAGCAGCAAAGGUGGCCGUAGUGAUCAAUGUUCAGUUGCGGCGGCCAAGAAGAGUUCAGUGAAUUGUAUCUGGCCCAACAAACGUGGGUUAAGUGGAAAGGUGAAGGCAUAGUUAUGGUCCCUGUUGUGUGCUUCGAUGCACAAUUGUCUAUUUCUGCUCUUACAUAAUUGAUGUAUACGGUAUUUGGAUUUAGUUUCUCUCUUAUAUUAGCAUGAUUUAAUCAGGCAUAUUUUUAGUAAUUGGAUCAAAGAAGACUCCAGGUUUAGAAAGUAAA